UACCCAUCGAAGAGGACACAGCCCUCAAAUCCAGCCAGUUAGAUUCUAAAUCAAAUAUUAUAAAUCAACGAUAUCUCUAUAUUGAAUCAUGGGAAUCAUUUGCCAAAUUCUAUUUCAUAACAAUACCCAUGGGGUUUACUAUGCCGGACAAACGAUUUUUGGUCAGGUGACGCUCAGCACGGAUACAUUGAGACAAGUCAAGGGCAUUUUUCUAAAGGUCAGAGGAUUUGCCGAGACCAACUGGACAGAGAGCAGGACGGACUCGAAUAACAAAUCCACCUCAGAGUCGUACAGUGGAUUCGAAAAAUUUAUGUCCAGCAAGGUGUAUCUCUUCGGUUCGAGUACCAGCGCUGAAUCCCCCUUUGAGCCUGGUACUAGGACAUACCAAUUUGCUUGCAAAAUACCCUCCCAUUGUCCCUCUUCGUUCGAGGGUAACAUUGGUCGUAUUAGCUAUAGGAUUGGUGUGAAUAUCGUCCAAUCCUGGAAGUACGACAGUUUGUUCUCUCGCGCUUUCACUGUUCUGCAAACAAAGGACUUGUUCACCUAUAAUUCUGUGGCACACGUUCCAGUGCAGGCAAAGUCCGCAAAGACCUUUGGCUUCUGGCCCUUCAAGUCGGAUCCCUUGAGUCUGGAGCUAACGCUGCCUCAAUCAAUCUUUUAUCCUGGCCAAAUGGUGCCCCUGUCUCUUUUGGUGGGUAAUGACAGCAACAUCAAGGUGCAGGAGCUAAAAGUGAGCCUGGCCAUGAUCGUCACUUACUUCAGCGACUUGGGUUGUGGCAGCAACAUGGAGCGCUUCUCCGUUGUGAAAAUGAGGUCCGAUGGCGUGUUGAGAAACACCCGAAAGCAAUUCGAAUUCCAGCUGCAAGUGCCCUCCACCCCGGCCACGUGCUUCCAUCUGUGUCGAAUCAUCAAGAUUGCCUACCAGAUCGAAGUGGUGGCCAAAGUCAAGGGAAUGCAUGUCAAUGCCACACUCUACGUGCCUGUGACCAUCUGUGGUGCGCCCCAAUCAGCGCACGCACGGCAAGCACUGACACAGGAGAAGGAGGACGAGGAGAAGCCCCUGGUGCCAGAUCCAGGAGCAUUGACUUUGAUUCCCAGCGAUUGCCACGAAUGUGUGGAAGGUGCUGCAGGUCCAAGUGCUCCAGUCAGUCCGUGGGAGGAGGAUCCUUCAAUUGCUCCUCCUAGCUAUUCAGAGGCCAUGCACAUACGUCCUGAUGCAGAGAAGUCCAAGCUAAUGUCAGCAGAUGCCGAACCCUUGGGUGGAUUGCCCUAUAAGCCUUUGUACCCUGUUUUUGAUUCCACAACUCCAGCAAAGGAGAAGCAGGAAUAUCAGGCAGAAGAGAAGAAGGAAGACCCCGCAGGAUAUUCCGAAGAGAAAAAGAAGUGAAGAAGCCACUUUUCAGAAGAAGAAAAUUGGAAAACUGAUACACCAAAUUCUAACAUUUUUCAAGGGUAGCCCCCCAUGAAGGAUUGUGUAUUUUGCACACCUUGAACAGGGUCUCUUUGUAUGAAAUGUGUACGAGAAUAAUUCAAAAUUGUGACAGAGAUAAGAUAAAGAAAUGAAAUGGCCUGGCCUGGCCAUUGCGGCUACCAAUAUAUGAUACAAUACGAGUAUAA